AGCAUUCACUUGUCCAUCUCUUCCCUAAUAAUGGGUUGUGCGUCCUCGUUUUCACAACCUAAAUUCAGAAGUGAUAUUCCAGCUAAGACGACGCUUUUGCUAACAACGAAACAGAAGGAGCUCAUUCGGAAAUCAUGGGAACUGCUUCAUAAGAGAAGGGCUGAGGUCGGUGUCAAAGUUUUCCUGACACUUUUUGAAGAAGAUCCAGGAUUACAAAACAUGUUCGCGGAAUUCAGAGAGGUGAAACUUGAAGAGCUGGCGCGAACGCGAGAGCUUCACGGACAUACCGAGAGAGUGAUGCGUGCCGUGGAGAACUGCGUUAACGCGAUGGAUGACCCAGACUCUUUGCGAGCUUAUCUGACAGAGCUGGGAAGGAGACACGUAUAUCGAUCAGUAAAACCAACUGUAAGCAACCUUCACCUGAUUUCCAAAGCGUUGAUUUCAACCUUUAAAGAGACCAUUCAGGACGAGUGGACUCCUGAACUAGCGGCAGCCUGGGAACUACUGUUGAAUUAUUUCACUCUGAUGUUGAAGGAAGGAAUACGUUCGACAGUUGAUUGACACACAGACAUGUUCUUCCUCUUUCACUCAGGAAAAUUAACCCUCUGCGUUGAAAUUUAAAAAUUGAAAGUCACGAUAAUUCAUCUUGGAACGAAUCAAAUCGUCUGUUAAACUUUCUCUAUGGUUGACUUCACAACUUGUGGUGUUUGCGCCUUUUGUUUGUCUGCCCUGUUCACGCGUGUAAAAACCAGUUACCAAAAAACACACAAAUAAGCGGAGGUAGUUGAUAUGAUUUAAUAAUUUAAACCACGAAAUUUGCACAUUAUCCAUUUUAAAAAUACACAUAUAAAGAAGUUUCUGAUUUAUGCGAAACGUUUUUAUCUUUUAACUUGAUAACAUGGCACUACUCUACUCUUCUGAAUAGACCUUCACGUUAAUUAAAUUUUCGACGUUUCUAAU